AAAAUGCGAUGUCGUCAAGGAGAGGAUUUUCAUGAAAGUGUGUAGAGUAAGAAAGAUUAUUUCGAAUAGUUUAAUUAGAAUAACAAGUUUUAAAAACCACGGGAGUUAUAGUAAAAAAAACACAAAAAUGAUAUAGUUGUUAGUAUCUUCGUUUGUUACCUGGAUGAUAGGUGUGGAGGGCGUUAGUAAAAGUGUUAGUAGAGGACAUCGAAUGGAGAAGGGGUAGAAGAUAGAGACAGAGAUAGAGAGAUAGGUAAAGAUAAAGAGUGAAAGACAAGGUAAGAGAGAAAGAGAGAGAGAGAGAGAGAGAGAGAGAGAGAGAGAUAGUAAAAGGGGAAAGCAGCAUAAUUGCAGGUAUAAAGAUGCAUUUGGUUAAUGAGAUUGUAAGGUAUGUGCCAGCUGGAGUAACAAUACCAACUUCAUUAUCACCCCCAACACCAGUAUACCUGUGUGUUGAUAAUAUUAAUACAAAUGCUUCACCUAUCAGUAUUCCAUCUUCAAGUAUGGAGAUGGUAUGGCAUGGAGAAUUCGAUCGGCUGUUUUGUCAAUACUUCCCAGACCAAUGGCACCUCUUGUCGACUCAUUACCCACCAAGUAAUCGAUGGAGAACCUUUAAAGACAGUGCGAAAGUCAGAUUUUCUUGUCAGCAAUGUGGUCAUGGUUGGACUUCGAUGAAAGGCAGAGUUAUAUUUUGGUUUCAUUUGAAUUUCGCAACUAGUUCUGGUUAUGUGAUGUUUAAAUUAUAUGGCCAACAAUGCAUGCGAUGUAAAAAUGGUUGUUAUGAACCAGCAAUGUGGUACCCUGAAGAAGUUGUAAAAGUAAUCGGAAACGUGUACAAUCGAAUUGGUCAACUGCAUUACGGGUUUGUUCGUCCUCCGCUUCGAAUUGACCGUCGUGCCGGCAAACCUAGGAAUCAGCACAAUACAGAUCUGUGCCAAGCAUGCAAAGAAGGUUUAUGCAAAGAAGAAUGGUCUUUCUCUUGACACAAGUUGCAGCUUUAAAUGACAUCACAAUAAUAAAAACGACAACGUGAACCUCAUAAAAAAAGCAUCAAAAUAUUUGUUAAAAUGUAGACAUUUUUACUCUUUCAUGUUCGUUAAAAAAA